CUGUGUAAUCCACAGCCUUGGCUUAUAUAAGUCACCAAACCUCACAGGCAAGCAAUAAGAAACACUUGUAAACACUGCCAAGAGCCAUAGGCAAGAAUUAGGAACGGUUUCUUCAGACAGCAGGGAAAUACAAACGGCCUAACUGGCUACUACACUUUUCCUCCAAGCUGCUUCUAAACACACUGGCAAUGCUAGAUUCAUUUGCUCCCACCUCAUGCAUGGUGGAUACAUCAUUAUUUGACCAACCCAUAUGCUGGCAACAAAGAUUCAUUACUGCAGAUUAUAACACCAUUUUACAUUCAGUGCACUAUUCAGCAACAACUGCAGUUGUGAAAAAGGCUUAUCUUUGUCUUAGCAAGGUAAUCAGCUAAUGUUCCAUGAUAAUUUCCUUCUUCGUGGAAUUAUAUGACACGCAUACAAAAUCACUCUUAUUGAUUGACACAGAGCUCACAAAGAAAGAUGAGUUGCAAUAUCCACACCAUCACAAAGCAGCCAGACUAGUGGGAAGGUAGAGGUUUGCUGGGAUAAUAAAUAAAUAAUGAAAAUACCCCUCAACAUGAGGAGAGGUAGACUGAAACCAGGAACAGAUACUGAAAAUGAAGUCAAUGGAAACUAUAUGGAAGCAACUAUCCAAGAUUUUAAUUCUUUCUGGAUGUCUGUUCGCCCAGAAUACUGGUCCAAACACCAUGUCUGGGAAUGGCUGCAGUAUUGCUGUGAUCGCUACAAGCUGGAUGCCAGUUACAUUCCAUUCUCACAAUUUGACAUUGACGGUAUGCAACUUUGUGCUAUGACACGAGAUGAACUGAAUGAAGCAGCCGGCAUUUAUGGAGACUGCCUUUACCAGAUCCUUCAAAGCAUGGUGCUCCACGGCACAUCAUGUUUACAAAGCCCCGAAGAAGAAAUACUUUUUGAAGAAGAUGUGACACAUACUUGGACUACAGACAUAACAGAGAAUGAAAGCCUAUCAACAAAAAGUAAAAUUACAUGUCACAAUCGUGUGGAAAACAAAAACACAGGUCUACAAAGUCCACACUUGUGGGAAUUUGUAAGAGAUCUCCUGUUGUCCCCUUUAGAAAAUGCAGGAAUUCUUGAAUGGGAGGACAGAGAACAAGGAAUGUUCCGUGUAGUAAAAUCUGAAGCUCUAGCGAGAAUGUGGGGCAAAAGGAAGAAGAACGAAAAGAUGACGUAUGAAAAACUCAGCAGGGCCUUGAGGCACUACUAUAAAACUGGAAUUCUGGAUAGGGUGGACCGAAGAUUAGUAUACAAGUUCGGCAAAAAUGCACGUGGAUGGAGAAAGAAUGCAUCAUGACCUAUUUACUCACUGCAAGAUUUUCCCUGGACAGUUUAUGGGAAUGAAGGCAUCACUUUGCACUUAAUUCAGGAAGGAAUGCACUAUAGUAAAAAAAUUGUAAAUAUGCCACUAAAGAAUGACUCUAAAACAAUUUGAGUUUUUGGGGUGAAAAAAAGAAAAUAAAUAUUUCAUAGAGAUAUGUUUGACCUGUGUAAGCUGACCCAUUUGCUGUUCUGUUUCACACUUGACAAUGGCUGUUGUUUUAAACAUCCACAUGUGUAGCUUUUCUUCAACCUCUUCAUUUGUAGACGUCCCAGAACAAAACCACUAUUGUGCAUGUGACGUUUUAAGUGACAUGACCUCCACUGCAGAACAAGAAGAAAUCAUGUGACCAUCUGUCCUUGACCUAAGACUAAAUAAAUUCAAGAAAGUCAUCAUACAGGGUGAAAUAUGUGAACUGCUACAUUUGUUUUUAUUUGCUUUUCAAAUUUAUAUUUGAAAGUAUCUGCAUUUUUAUGACCGAAUCAUAAUAAAGUACUUGUUGGAUUAC